UUUGCUUAAAAACUUUAAAAUGUCUGUUGUUGCAAAGAAGCCAAAAUAUAGUAGGAGAACACCUAAAAUAACACAGAGGCUUGCAGAAUAUAAGAAGCAAGAAAAAACCUUCGAUAGCAAAGUUUCAGAAGAGGAAACAGAUGAAGAUGAUAACUUUGACGAUCUAAUGAAUGAAGUUUCAGAUGAAACAAGUGAUUAUAACGAUGAAGAUUAUCAAGCUCCAAAGAUAUUAUCAAAGAAUGCAGUUACUCAGCCUGAGCAUAAACCAGUUAUAUCCAACAACUUUUGGUAUGGUAUAAAGCAAGUGUUGGAAAUGGAUCUUCAAUCUCUUUUCAAAUUGUUUGUUAGAAAAGAAGUAAAGUCAAAUCAGUUUCUUUACAGCUGUUAUCUUGUUGGGGGUUACUGCCGCUAUGUACUUUCCACACCACAUGCAGAUAAAGGGGAAGAAACAAUGCUCAAGCAUUUAAAACUACACAUGGAAUUACUUAAGAAGAAAUCUGUUGAAUGUUCUACAUAUUACAACAGAAGAAAGUUCUUCAUUGCAGAUGUGAGAAAGGAAAAUGAUUCAAAACUUAAUGGUGAGAAAGAUAUUUCUAUUCCACAUGAUAUUCGUAUAAAUCCGCCUGACCUAGAAAGUUCAGAUUUUUUACCUCUUUCACCGAAGACCCAUGCAAAAGAUGAUCUUUUAUCUGCCAUCUCACUUCGUAGAGCUUCUGAUAUUGUUGAUAAGCAAACUAGUUCAAGAAUAAACACGCGCUUAAAUCGUCGCAAAGCCGUUGAAUACAAAAAUAACUUAAAAAAGAAAAAAAUGGAAACAAAUUUAAUCAAACAUUUCAAAAACCAACCAAAAGUUGUUAUGGAAACAAUAAAAUUGCCAAAGUUAUCCCAAGUUAAGAAAGAACCAACUGAAAGUUUUCCGUUUGUCGAAAAGCGAACUGUACAGAAACAUUGGAUUCGCAAACGCAAACCACGUGUAUCCGCAAAAAAGAUAAAAAUGCCAGUUUCCAAAAAACGGGCUAUUUCGCCAAAAGUAGUUAAAAACAUAGAGAUAAAAGAGGAGUUGUUUUCCAAUGAUGAGGAUGAAGGAUCAACAUCACCUGGAAGUGAUUCUUCAGAUGAAAAUGAAAGCCGAAGUGAAAACUUGUUGUCAGAAAUGGCAUGGAUGAAAAAACUUCUCCCACAAGCAGAAGCAAAAACACAACAAUGCAAACCACAAAAGUACAUACCAACAAUACUCAGAAGAACACGUCCACAACAGAUACCAACUGGUUUAUCAAAUAUUAAAAUUGUUAACUGCAUAUCUUUGGCUGACAAAUCUAAUGAAUGCCCCCAGGGGUCUCCAGAAAAAGUAUCUCCAGCGAAAAGUUUUUCAAUUUCAUCAGAGAGUCUGGAUCCCACUAAUGCUCCCAAUACAGACACAGGUUUAUACAACAGUGAUAAUGAAACAUCAGAUGAUACACAAUCAGAAGGAGAUAUCAGAAGUGAUAGCUCUGAGGAGGAGAGUGAAGAGGAGGUGUUGGAAAAAGAUAAUAAAGAGAAAGAAGCGAAAGAAGUUGAGAAACUUCCACCAAUCGUUGAUUCAAAACGGUUGCCAAGGAAACAAAGUUUAAAAAUGAAGUCUGAAAUCGUUAAGCCAAACUUUGGAAAAUCAAUGAUUGGUAUACAGAACGACCACGAUUAUACAGAAUUUCCAACAACGUGGGUAGUCAGCGAUAAUAUUUUGGAAGUUGAAACACAAGAUGUAGACUCAAGUGAAUGGAGACGUCAGAAACGAUUAACGUUCAAAGUUAAAUCAAAUAUUGAAGUUGUUCAAUCUAAGGAAUAUGAACUACUAGGUCCCAGUAGUAAAAAGAUUCCACCAGCUACAAGUCCUGCUAUGAAGGCAAAAGCAUUGCAACUUCUGAGUGAGUUACGGCACACACGACCCAAAGAAAUUAUGGUUUGUACUGAAAGAGUUUUAAACAACGGGCAAUCAUCUUUCAUUGUACAAGAUUUCUAUUCUUGCGAAUUAUGCGGCAAAAAAUUCUCAGCUCCUAAUUCUUUAUAUGGUCAUUACAGAGGUCACGCAGGCAUUAAGCCAUACAAAUGUCAAGUUUGUGGAAAAACCUUUACAAGAUCCCACAGUCUUACAUACCAUUCCAUGAUACACGAGAAUAAAGCACGGUUUGAGUGUGAGUAUUGUGAUAGAAAGUUUCGUCAUCCCACACAUUACAAGGAGCAUUUGAACCGCCACACUGGUCAAAUGCCUUACAGAUGUACCGACUGCCCACGUAGGUUCCGCACACGUAAUACGUUUAGACGUCACGUAGUAUCAAAACACGAUCGCAAAGUUACUUCAAUGGCGUCUCGUCUAUUCCCUGGAACCGCUACAAUAGUUCGGCAAACUGCUGUGGAAACAAGUGACAGUAAAUCAGUAAAAUAAUCAACUCCAAGUUACCUAAAAAGUAAAAAAUAAAUAAAAUCAUUAUAGGCUUCAAAAUCAAAAUAGGGUCAUACACGGAAUCAACUUGAUAAAAUUUUGUUUCCACUCACUAAAUAGCUCGUUCUGGUACAAUUUGAUUGUUGUAUUUUGUGUUAACUAUGGUUUUUAAUACCUGUAGUAUCGGUUUGUUUGGUUGUAAUCGCACUUUUAACUCGCCAACUUUAAAAACAAAUGAAAUCUAAUCAUUAUUUGCAAAGCUCUUACUUUGUAGGUACCCACCUUAACGUGAAUAUCGUUGUAUUUUUGCUUUGUUAUUCUGUUAAUGAAACAGACCAAUUCUUUUUUAAUGACAUAUAUCGUUGCAAUGCACGCUUCCCAACUGUAAAAUAAAUCAACCAGUCUAUAACGCGGA